AUGGGAGAUUAAGCAGAAGAUAACAAAAUAAAUAAAAACUAGAGUUUUUAUGAAUUUAAAGACGAUUAGGAUAUUAAAACUGAGGAAUCAGAAGAGCAGCAAUCUCAAUAGCCAGAAGAAAAAAAUGAGGAACAUAAAGAAGGAGAAGCUUAAGGCGAAGAAGUUAAAAAGAAAAAAACUACCUCUGCAAAAUUCUAUGCAGUCUUCAUCACGAUUAUUCUGACUCUGUUUUGGAACAUGUUCAUAUUAUAUCCGGUCAAGGUUGUAACUGAAUCUUUCAAGUUAAUAUAUAAUCUAUUUACUGUAUUUUGUGGAGAAUUCGAUUUAAAGCAAAAAAUAAUCAAUCCUAUCUUGAGUGUAGUAUUUUCACUAAGUAUCAUUUAUGUUUGCUAUUCAACAAUAUAAGGAGUACUUAGUUCAAAGGAUGAUGUCUAUGUUUUUUGGUUCAUUGAUAGCUUUUUCCUUUUUAUAUCUCACAUUAUGAUUUACACCAUCAUUUAGAUGUCCAUCAAUGACGAAUUCGAUUUGAACUUUAGAAAAAUUUUUGAUUGCAGUGGUGACAAUUAAGAUGUUUUACUUGUCCAUGCUGAUGAUUUCGAUUGCGAUCUCAUUAUGGAUUUACCACUUGAUGAUGACGAAUGGAAAGAUGAGUAUACUAGAAUUAUGGGAGAAGUUUUAGAAGUCGAUGUUAAAUCUUAACGCUUCAAUACCUUUGCUAACCCUAUUAAACAUAUUUAAUUUAGAUAAUAUGUAGGAUAUCAACUAAUAAAGGGAUAAAAUAGAAAAUUAAGACCUCACAUGGGUUAAUUUAUAACCUUGCAAGUGCUAGCACUUUUAAAAACUCUGUUUUGUGUUUUUUACAUUGUCUAUCAUUUUAAAACUUUCACUUCAAAAGAUUUAUUGAAUGUAGUGUGCAUAACUCUUUUCACAACAAAUGAAAUCUACUGUCUUAGUUCUAUGCUAAGUAACUAUGACUUACGUCGUAAGACUUUGAUGGUAAAAAAUAUAACUGAGUCUUUGGUAAUUAAAGGAUAGAAAGCAAGUUAUGAAAAUGCUAUUGAUUUGACUAGUAGCGAAAGCAUAGAAACAUGGGAUAACACACGUCGUUGCAUCUACGAAUUUUUCUCUGAAACAUAAUAUAAGUUAGAAAGAAGUUAUAUCUGCUUAUUCAUAUAUUACAUCUUUAUUGCUAAUAUUAUUUUGGCUGCUUAUGGAGAAAUAUACAUCGUCAUUCACAAAGACUCUAUCUUGUUACAAAAUUUAACUGUUGUUUCUUCAACAUUUACUUUCAUUUUGUUGAAUGCCCUUAUCUUUUUCAGAAUUUACUUUGGUUCUAAAUUUAAUGAAACUUUUGAAGAUCUUUAAGAUAAAGUUGAAAAUCUUAUUGGUAUCUAUCAAGAUAUGGCUUAAAUGUAUGACUACAAUUUCAAACAAAGAGGAGUUACUAUCUAAGAUUAUAUUAACAUAGUUAAAUAUUACUAAAACAUAGAUGAUUCUAAUGAAGAAGAAGAAGGGUCUUAAAAAGAAGUUGAAAAAUCAAACUAAGAAAUUGCUAAAUAGCCUGCUGAAACAGCUUCAGUAUUAAAAGAUAAGGAGCUUCUAGAAUCUACAAUUGAAGGAGAAAAUAAUUACUAUACUUGCUAUGAAAUUCUUGUCUCUAAGAUUAUGUACAUUUCAUAAUACUAUAUCAAGCACAAGCAACCAUUUUAAGGAUAGAUAUUCACCAAAGAUUAAGAAAGUUAAUUAUAGAUGAAAAUUAUCUUGAAUAAUAUUAAAAGCUUAAAAAGAAUCAAAUCAUAGAUUAUUGUAGAUAACAAAUGCUCUAGCUAUUAGCUAUUUAACCUUCUAAAGCUUGACUUUAAAGAUACUUUGUUUACUAUUCUGUUAGGUUUUGCUACUUUGUUACCUUCUAUAAUAUCUAAGUUCAUAGAAUAAUUCUCAAGUAUUGAAAAACCUAAGGCUUGA